AUGAUACGGCAGGACGAAUUUUGUACGUGCCGUCUGGCGGUGUUUAGAGAGUUCAACUCCCCCCGUCGCCUUUUCCCUCCCUGUUUGCGGCUCUGGUGCCGUUGCGUUGCCAUGAACGACAUGGGACCCGUCGGCGACUGGCUGGGCAUGAGGCGGGGUCCGGGGUUGCAGUUUGUGCUUCCCUCGGGCUUUGCUGCUCAUUGUUUUUUGGGCGUUUCGUCUACUUGGGACCACAGUGAUGCUGCGGCUGCUGUACGGACUCUACGAGGGUGGCUGGGUUUGAGUUGCGCCUGCGAAGUCCUGCGGAGGCGCGCUGUGGCGAAGAAGUAG